AUGAGUCAAGAUAUUGCUCAAAUUGAAGUAGCUCAAUUAAAAGCUAGAAAAGCACAAGUAACAUCAGACUUAUCGACAGACCAUGAAAAUAUUAUUGAAAAGAAAAAUCACACAUCCACACAGCAAAAACGUUAUUUAAACAAUUCUAAACCACCAAGUCCACCUUUAUUUAGUUUGAGUUGUGAUGAAUUUGAUGGAGAUGAUUCAGAUGUGGACAAAUCAUAUAACCCAAAAAUGAAAAAUAAAUUAUUUGAAGUGUCAUUAUCGCCACCAAAUAAUUAUGAAAGAUUCAAAGGAAAAGAAAAUUUUUCUACACUCCAAACUUGCUCCGUGAUAUUUGAAACUAUUCGCCAAAUGAAACCACCAUUUUCUUCACAAAAUCUCCCUAACAUUGAAAUAGAAAAACCAUUAAAAAAUUGGUUGGCACAAGCUUCUAAUAGAAUCAAAAAAUUAUCAGCUAAAUAUCCUCAACAAGAUUCACAAUAA